UGUGUGUCUCAUUGGAACGCCAAGUCCUAGUUGUCUGUCAAAAGUUUUUGUAAAUGCACACGAAACUCGCAAUGUAGGAAAGACCCAAAAUAAUUACUGAGAAGAUGAACACUGCCCUGGUGCACUGGAAGGAGGCGGCGACUGUCAUUUUAACGGCAGGAAUCAGACGCACUUCUGCGGACAGUUUGCGGACUAGUAUCCAGAAACACUCUCCGAAUCCACCUGUCAGCUGGACACAGUCAAGUUUACCUGUGCGAUCAGCGUUUGAUUACGAGGUACUCCUGCUCAAACGGAGCGGGAAGAGCGGGUUUAUGCCAAACGCCUAUGUCUUCCCCGGUGGACUCGUGGACAGUUCGGACUUUUCCAGCGAAUGGGUUGAUAUUUUCAAGAACUUCACGCAUUCGCCAAAUUUCGGACUGGGGGUUGUGAAACAGGCGCCACAGACUAGACCUCCUAUUUUUGCCACUGACCGAAUGAAAUUCGGGUCUCCUGUUCCAGGAGAUGUCGCUUUCAGAAUAUGUGCAGUGCGGGAGACGUUUGAAGAAUCUGGUGUGCUACUGGUUGUUCCGAAAGAGGAGGAAAACAAUGUGCUGAAGUCUUUAGGAGACAGAGAAAACGGUGGUAUGACUACACAACCUGCCCAAUUGUCAAAUGUCUGUGGCGAUAAAGACCUGGCAAAUUGGAGGAAACUGGUUAUUAAAAAUCCACUCAACUUUAUUAGGAUGUGCAGGGAGUUAGAGUGCUUGCCAAACAUCUGGGCGCUGCAUGAGUGGGGCAACUGGCUCACUCCCACAGCUGUCUAUGGGAAGCAGAGGAGGUACGACACGGCCUUCUUCAUCUGCUGCCUGAAGGAUAUUCCUCACACGCUCCAGGAUGAGAAGGAGAUAGUGCAUUUUAAGUGGUCCACUCCCAUCGAGGUUCUCCAGAGUUACGAGGCGCGUGACCUGUGGAUCGCCCCUCCGCAGCUGUAUGACCUGAGCCGCCUGUGCCACUUCCACAGCCUGCAGGCUCUGCACCGCUUCGCCCGCCAGCGCUCCCUGGAGGGCUGCGAGCAGUGGCUGCCCAUCCGCCUCACCUCCACAGACUGUCUAAUAUCCCUGCUGCCAGGAGACGCGUUGUACCCUGAGGAAGUGGACAUGUCUGGCCAGAGUGACGUGAACAUGAGGACCCAGAAGAGCCUGGAGGAGAUCCAGCAGGAGAACUCCAGCCUGCACCGCAUCAUCUUCCACGACCCCUACACCACCUCCUUGCACAUCAACAUCACUCCCAAGUACAAGCACUUGAGUCCACUGCCACCCACAGCCACUAUAAGUAGUAGUAGCAGCAGCAGCAGUAGUAGUGGCACUGACGGUAGUGACAGCACACCCCCCACCAGUCGGCUCUGAGUCUUCAACACCCUCUGCUGGUGGUCAGUGGAACUGCAUUUAUUUUUUAAUUUAUUUUUAAGCCACUGGAGCACUUCAGAGCCUGGCCUUGAUAGUACAGUAGUACAGGUAAAGCAGAGGGUGUUAGGGCCAUUGUUUUAAAUCCAUUUGGUGGUUGAGCAUUGAAAAAUGACACUGACUAUUAGUGUGUUUGUAAUUCAAUGGACAUUGUUUUUGGAAGUAGUCCUUUACUCUUUCUUUUCUUCUGUUUUAUUGCUACCUCAGCGCUAGACUUGGGAUGAUCAGUCUUGAAAAUAAGCUGAAUACUGAUAAAGAAAAAAAAAACAAAUGCCUUUUAACUCUUCUGUUCAAGCUAUUAAUAAAGCAGCAUUUGGAUCACUACAUCUAUAAUUAGCUGUAUAAACUGGGCUUGACCCUGGCCCCUGCCAACCGUCCAAAAAUGGUAAAACGUGCUAGUAACAAUUUUAGACUCACUAGCCACUUUGCCAGGUGACUUAUUCUUGGGUGUGACAUCUCAGUAGCAUAUAGUAGUAUAUUUUUUUGCACCUCAUGUUAUAUUUGGGUUCAAGGAAGAUCAUUCAGAUUCUGCUUGUCUGAUAUACUGUAGGUAGUUUCAUUUAACACACUAUGUUCAUAGCACGACUCAUCUUGCUUUAUCACUUUUCUGAACAACGCUGUCACUAGUAGAAAGGUUGAAAGGCUAUGGUCUCUGGAAAAUCACUAGCCAAUGUAACUGGUGAGAAAAAAGUUAAUGUCAAGCCCUGUGUGUAAAAUAUCAAUACUUAGUUAUUAUACUGUUGGGUCAAAGACCUCCAAAAAGGAACUGUCAUUCAGUGUAACGGAUACCUUCUGCUGACUGUAACUGUUAAAAAAAAACAUGAUUCUUAAAUUGUUUCAAGUGAAUGGAUGACAGCCGAGGCUUUCAUGAAUUCACUGGAAAAACAUAAAAUAAAAAGAGUCAUGUUUGUUACAGUUACAGUCAGCAGAAGGUAUCCGUUACACUGAAUGGCAGUUCCUUUUUGGACGUCUUUGACCCUGUUAUGUACUAGACCAGAGGGAUAUUCAAAGGAGGUAGUUGAGUGGCAAUCCUGACUAAAUGAACACAGAGAAUAUGGUGAAUCUGCUAAUAGAUGGCGUACCUUUAUCAGUUAUUAGAAACCAAGGACUGCAUGCCCACAUAUUCUAGGAUUUACCACCUCCUGAUUCACUACCUCCAGAUUCACCUGGUUUACUACUGAAGCACUUAAAAAAACCAAAAAAAAAACA